CCUCAGGUAAAUGAUAAAACCCGAAACAGGAAACAGAAGAGAGAGAGAGAGAGAGAGAGAGAGAGUAUUUCAGCACCUACAACACGCUUGUUUUCUCUUCCUUUCUACACCGUGGAUUCCCGAACCCUUUAGAUCCGCUCCAAUUCUCACCAUUCGUUGCGCACGUUAAGACUCUACGCCCCAGCAAUUCACGAUAGCCCCCAUCCUCCACCCCGCCCAGCGCCCUUUCCUUUUACCCUAUUUCUCUCCCUCUUCUCUUACAUGGACCGAAUUUCAUAUACAGAGGCUUCAUUCAAAAACCCUAAUUCCAAGGGAACGGAGCUGUGAUUUCCCUGCUAAUCCGAUUGCUUGCCGACGAUAAUCUGCUGGUCGACGAUGCCGAGGCGGAAGGAACGGACCCUGAAAGAGCUCUACGAUCUUACCGACAAGCUUUCGGAACCGGAGGCAUAUCACGCCAGUCUUGAAAGGGUGUUGCCGUAUACAAGGACCUGGGGAUGAGUUAGAUCAAGACCUUCGGCCAAAUACAGAAGUUUCAGCUGAGAAAAAGUUUGGCAAGGUUUCUCUCUUUGAGAAUGUUUGUAUGAGAGCAGAAUCUGGGACAUGUAACGUUUGUGCCGCUCCUUGCUCAUCUUGUAUGCAUUUCAAUCGAACUGUAUCGGUUAUGGAAUCAAAAAUUGAGGAUGAUUUUUCCCAUGAAAUCUGUAAGGGAAAGGAACCACUUUUUAAGAGCAGAGCAUGUGAUGACCGGCAGCAUGCCACCAGUGAAGCCAGUAACUUAUUCAGUGCCAGUUCAAGUCAUGAUUCAUUAUCUGAAAAUGCUGAAAGUAAAGCAACGAUGAGGACAUGUGACACAUCUGAUGCAUUCGAAGAUGUUGACAUGCUACCAAAAUUUUCAUCUGGCAGCAACCUUGGGGAAGGUAAGCUGCACACCACACAAUGCAAUACUGUUGCUCAAAGUGCUGUCACUUCUCAUGUAAGCAUACCAUCUGCAUUGGGUCAAAGAACCUUGAGACAAGGUGAGGAGCACCAGGGGCCAGAAUGUCAUGGCGAUAAUAUAUCAUGCGUUACUGGAGUCAAAGAUGGAAAUUUACCAGUCAGCAGCCCUAAUGUCGACUCAAACAGGAAGAAAGUAUCAUACAGUGCUGCUUCGACUAGUAGCUUUGUUGUGGGAGGCUCUGAAGAGGCUGAAAAGGCAGUUCAAGUUCAAAAUGCUCCCGGUUGUUUGACUGAUUCUCAUCAUGAAAUAGAAGAGAGCAAGCACAAUUCCUUGAGGCCAAGUAUAUCCACUAAAGACACUUCUCAGAAAAAGAGGUCUGGCUUCAGUUCGGCAACUGAUGGUGUAUCAGAGUGCCCUUCUUCAAAAGAUGUUUGUGAAGGCGGUGGGAUGCAGAAAUCACAGCUUCCACAUUCUCAUUCCGAAAGCAAAUCAUUCUCUCGUGGAGAUCCCAGAGAUGUGGAAGAAAAUUCAAGUUCCCAGCUCCAGGCAGGACCUUCUGAAUGCUCCACUGAACAUUUGGAAUCUUCGUUGGCAGGACAAGUGACAAUUUCUAGUGGUGAUGGGCAGAAGAAAUCUGCUGCAGUCAACUCUUCUAAUAUUAUCCAUUCAAGUAUUGAAGAUGGUAAAGAAAAUCUUGGCAGAGCCAAUUCUUCGCCUGGUGCUUUGAUGAAAAUUCAUCCAUGCUCUGAAACUGAAAUUGACACGGAUGGUAGGGACCCUCGGGCCGAAUCUAUGAAACAUUCAGAUGUAAACCAACAAUUUGAAAAAUCCAAAGCUGUGUUUGAAGCAUCUGAUAAACAGGGUACGACAUUACAAUCUCCUAUCUCCAACAGUGAGCAUUCGGGAUCAGAUAUUGUGGAGGAUGAUGUAAAAGUCUGCGAUAUAUGUGGAGAUGCAGGUCGUGAGGAGAUGCUUGCUAUUUGUAGCAGAUGUAGUGAUGGUGCAGAGCACAUCUAUUGCAUGCGAAUAAUGCUGGAUAAAGUUCCGGAUGGUGAUUGGCUAUGUGAAGAAUGCCAGCUCAAGGACGCUGAAAAACAAAAUCUGGAUAAGAUUGAAACAGAACCAGCAGCACCGAAGGCGCCUUCCUUGAGUGAAAAAAGUCAAAGCUCCAACCCGAAGCUUUUGCUAAAGUUGGAUGCCAAAGCACAGGAAGAAGAAGCAGACCAGGCCACAAAAGUUAUCACAAGUCCCCGGCUCUCCACUAAAAGACAUGCCGAAAGUCUGGAGGUCACUUCUCUGUCAAAGAAAGUAGCUAUUGAAACAAGUACUGGGUUGCCUGGGAUGGCCAUCCUGAGCAAGAAAUCUGAAUUGUCUAGAGAGAGUUCAUUCAAGCACUUGGAUGCGGGGAAAGUAAAGGCUGCCCAUUCAGUACCUUCAUCUGGAAGUCACGCUGCCAAUGGUUCUCAGGAGACUUCUCAUUCUCUUUCUACUGCUGGUCCUAAUGCAUCAAAGUCACAAGGACAACUUCAGUCACCUCGGGGUCCUCUUUCAAGAUCAUCUACCUUCAACAGCUUACCCUCAAAACCCAAAGUCAAACAGCUAUCAGAAGAUUUUUCUCUAAAGCAAAAAUUGGCAAGAGAGUCUUCUAUUAGUGGCACAAGAAAAGAUGGAUUAACAAGGACAAUUGGCAAAUCAAUGUCCUUCAAAAGCACAAGCUUAAGCCACUUAAAUUCCGAGUCAAAAGCUAAAAUUCUGUCACCUAAUCUCUCUCGUGAUGUGGAUCUAAGAGGCUUGAAGCAAGGGAAAGAACAAACGGUAAUAGAAAGGAAGAAUUCUUUUAGAUCGGAUCGCCCUGUGGUCAGUUCGUCAUCAGCGGCUGUUAUCAGCACGUCUCUUCCGAAGUUUGAUUUGAAAAAUUCAAUACGUGGUGAAACCAUACCAUCACAUUCCUUGGUGAACAAUUCCCAUGAUCCAAAGGCUACACAACGCGAUGCAAAUCGACAUAAUUCAUCCAAACCAGCUGUUCUGAUUGCUAAUAAAGGAUCAGAAAAUGUGAUUGCCCAUGAUGGAUGUGAAGCAAAGAAGCAAUCUUCUCUAGCCCACGGUCUUGGGACUCCCUCUUCUAAUGGCAUAUGCAGUUCUGAGGAUCAAAAAUCAUGCCAAGUUGGCCCUAAGGAAGAUGCAACGGCAAAUUCUUCAUCGGCUGCUGAUAAAUUUUGUGGUGGCCCUGAUGUGCAUAUGACAGAUGUCCCACCUCAAUCCCGGGAAUCCACCAACCGAGAUGGAAAACCCAAGGAUGCUUCUGCUUUGAGCUGGUUGAGGCAGACAGUUUCAUCUGGAAGUAAAAAUAUCCGAUGCCAUAGAUGUAAUGAAAUGGGCCACGAUGCACAACUCUGCAAAGCUGGCUCUAUACAGGUUUCUGCUCUUAAGCCUUCUGCUGUAAAGAACUUGAGGGAGGUGACCAACAAAAGCAGCAAGUGGAAGGGUGCAGUAGCGGCAGUAUCAAGGACUAAAAUGCAUAAAAAUGAUAGACUGCCUGAUCAAUCUGAUGAGUUACCCAUGUCAAGUACUAAUAUGAGCUGUGAAGUUGCUUUCAAAGAUCAAUUGUCAAGUUCUUCAGGUUGUGUGGCGAAUUUGCCUUCCCCAGGUGGGACAGUUUUGCGGAAGGAGGCUUUGAGGCGCUCUGUAGCUGAUUCCAGUAAAGCUACAACUAUUGUCAAUGUUAAGCAGCAAGGUGCACAUGCAACAGAAGCAGUUUGUGCUCCCAGAGAAGCAGAUCUGAAUGUUGUUCCUACCAUUUCAGAUGAAACUAAGCUGAAGCCUUCCAUGAUAAACUUGCCUAUUCAAGCUCCUGCAGUUGCCAAUCCUUCAAGAAUUUCAGCCAUUCCAGAGCAUGACCACAUAUGGCAUGGCAGUUUUGAAGUGCAGAGAAGUGGAAGACUUCCUGACUUCUAUGAUGGGAUUCAAGCUCACAUGUCAACUUGUGCAUCACCAAAAGUUCUCGAAGUGGUGAAAAACUUCCCUUCCAGAGUUCGGUUGGAGGAAGCUCCUCGACUGACCUCAUGGCCCAUGCAGUUCCAGGGAAACUGCACCACAGAAGAUAACAUUGCUCUCUACUUCUUUGCCAGAGAUCUUGAGAGUUACGAAAGAAAUUACAAGAAGCUGUUGCAAAAUAUGUCUGAGAAUGAUUUAGCUCUCAAAGGAAACGUUGAUGGAAUUGAGCUUCUGAUAUUCCCAUCAAACCAGCUACCUGAGAAAUCCCAGCGUUGGAAUAGAUUAUUCUUCCUCUGGGCCGUAUUCAGAGAAAGAAAAUGGAACUGUUCAGAAUCCCUCGCUGACUCUCACAAGAAGCUUUGCGGAGCCACCUUGGAUGCAGAGCCCACAGAACAGGAUUUGCCCACCCCUGUCACUGAUAAGGAAUUGUCCAGAUAUGACAGAUCUCCCGAAGCAAGAGUUGUAAAGUCGAGCAUUGGAGAUUUACCAUCAUUAUCAUCUUCUGGACGAGUGGAAGGGAACUGUUACACAAAAGAAUCAUCUCUUGAUCAGAGGUCUUUGAGUUAUCAUGAAUUUAAUCAGUCUUCAGUUGUGGAGAAACAUACGCCAGACAGGCACACUUCAUGUUCAUUUCCUGAAAUCCGCCCAUCAGUAAGUGCUAGCCAGCAGGCUAGUCUACCUGCGACAAGUCCAUUGUUAAGGAUAACAACAAAUGAUGCCCAGUUGUGCUCAGAAGUGAAAGGGAACAGCGCUUCAUUGAAAGAAGUCUAUAGAGAUUCCAAAAGCGGAAACAGUACUGAGCUUCGACCUUGUGUUCAAGCAGCUAGUGUACAAAUAGAUCUUAAUAAAGGUAAAGCUGUACCAAUGUACUUGGAUACUUCCAAUUGCGGACAAGCAAGUUUUACUUCAAGUUCACCAGAUAGGCGAAGUGCUUCAUCUGACUGUUUGAAGAUAUUCAGUUCAUCUUCUCUUGUUCAAGAAGCAGGUGCUGAGGGCAGUGGAGGCCAGGAGAACUUGAAGGACUUGGAUAGAGAGAAGUCGAUGAAUAAUAGCACUUGUUUAGAGAGUGACAAGCAUGGAGAUCUAAUAAUGAAAGAACAGAGCAGCUGGGAGUUGCGAUCCAGCAGAAAACGUCUGCACCCAAAUUCUUCAGAGAUGGUCUCAGAAGCUUCUGGAAUAUUGUUGAACCGGGAAAGUCGGACAAUGCCAUGGGGAGGGAAGGCAGAGCGCAUACAGAUUGAUGGGGAGAAUGAAUGCAAGAAAAUGAAGGCCUACAAUGAUUCGUGUGUCGGGAGCAGUACUAGAGAGCAGAUUUUGGGAGAAGGGUUUUCUUCAAAGAUGCUUGGCAUGGAUCCUGGCUUCCUGAAGGAGCAGAAAGGUGACUGUGUUUAUGACUACAAUAUGCCUGAGAGCUCGAAAGCUGCUGAAAUGUUCUUCUUUCCAGUGGAUACGAGUCCCAUCAGCAACUGCAAAUCGGGCAACUCCGCACAAUGGAAAAUACUUCAAUCAGACAGGGACCCACCAGAACUUGACAUUCCAAAUCUCGAACUUGCAUUGGGGGCCAAGAAGAAACCAUCAAAACCAGGUUUCUUUCCUUUGUUUCCUGGGUCAAUUGAUGAGAAGAGCAGCCAAAACAAACUGCCAGAUCCGCCAGUGGAUGAUGGUGAUGAUGAGCUGUCUUCAUCACUUUCUCUCUCCCUAGCAUUUCCUUUCCCUGUGAAGGAACAAUCUGCAAAAUCAGCUCCAAAGACAGAGCAGCUCUUGCCUGAGACACACCAUGUGAACACAUCGCUGUUGCUCUUUGGCGGCUUUCCCGACACUUGAAUCCCCAGACGUUUAUUCCCUGUAAAUUAUCACUGCACGGAUGCUGACGCUGUAUACCAAGAUCUUUGAGGAUCAGCCAUGGGUUCCAUUGGAACCCUCAACCCCAUCUGUUCAUAACCACACAGAAUCCAACAUACGUUCUUCUUUGUUGUUGUUUUUUUUCGCUCUUGUUUUUUCAAGUCGCAGAGUCACGGCUAUUUGUAUAUAAGAGAAGGCAGGCCGCAGUCUAAAUGCCAUGCAAGACUCUUGGGGCCAGUUGUGUCUGUAAGUCAUGGGGAUGGUUAUGCACUUUCUUCAACUCUUUUCCCCCCUCAUCAGCUUAUAAAUAUUCCAGGUUGUGCAUCA